UUUAAGGAAAUAAUGAAGCACAUUAAUAAUGUAUUUAUUGGGGUUUAAUAAAAAGCUUAUUAUAUAUUUAGAUGGACCAACCUAUUUCUCUAAAGAUUUUAAGAAUCAUUCUAGUGAUGACACGUGGCUACAAAAAAAUGUUGCAAUGCUUCUCAAAUAAUAUAUAGGGGAUAUUUGUUUGUUGGAAAAAAAAUCAUACAGCACAGGCGCAUGAUUAUCAUCUUGUACAACUAUAAAAAACCACACAAGGGACCGAAUUGGAACUGCAGAUCAUUUAGUUAGUACAGCAACAUUCUUUCAUAAGAACAUUUUUUUGUUAGUUAUUCAAUUCCGUUCCAAUUAUCCAGACCACGAUAAGUAUGAGUAAUAUAAUGGUCUUUGUCCUCAAAAAACAUUACCUAGUACUAAUAAAAGAAAAAUGUUCAACCAAAUAUAAAAAUUUACAGUACAGAAAUAAAAAGUUUGUAGAGAUAUUUGGUAAGAGGAAAAAAGGAUAUGCAAUUUGUUAAAAUAUCAAAAAGGAAAAAUAUAUGAAAACUUAUUUAUUUAUUUAUCAUGUGAUUAAGUAGAGAUUAUUGGUUGUUGUAUUUUAAUGGAUUUGAAAAUCCGAAUUAAAUCUAGUGUUAUUGGUUCUGUGAUUUUUAAAUCUGUAUUAAAAUCAUAUAUUAUUGGUUUAAUGAUUCAUAAAUUUAAUAUCAAAUCAAGUGUUAUUCAAUCGUACAGAUUUACUAAUAUAUUUGAUUUUAUAAUGGAUUUGAAUGAAUUUGUUUAGAUUUUUUAGUUAAAAAAUACAAAGAUCCAAAUCCGAGUAAAAACUUCCGGAUUUGUAUAUUUUACUUGGAUUUAUAAAUACUAUAUGAAUUUCUAAAUCAAUCAAAAUAUAUAAACCAAUAACACCUCCAAAGAAUCGGAUUAUAGGGUUAGAUUUGUGCCCCAACGUUUUUGGCAUCAUCACUAAAUCAAUCUUUGACCUAGCGGUCCUCAUCUUCCGCCGGUAGAGAAGAAGAAUGGAGAGUAUAUCGAAGGGACUAAGAGGAAGCAACGUGUGCAAGAGCCAUGAAGCUUCGCCGGUGAUACCUUUUGAUCUAGUGAUUGAGAUUCUCACGAGACUUCCUCCCAAAUCUCUUAUGAGGUUCAAAUCGGUAUCGAACGUCUGGUCAUCUCUAAUUUGUUCCCAAUAUUUCACCAACCGUUACCAAACGGUUUCAUCACCCGCACCUCGUCUAUAUAUCGGUUUGAGCUUUCUUGACAACAGCCACCUCAAGUGUAUGUUAAUAUCAGUAUCUCCUAGUUCUGACUCGGAUAUUACUAUAUCUUCCUUUGACGCCCACCAAGAUUUAACCAAGCGAGCAAUGAGAGGCUACAUCACUCACGUUUUUCGCGGCUUGAUGUGCAUUGUAGAUGAAGCAAGUGCCCAAAUAUAUAACACUACGACUAGGCAACUUGUCGUGCUACCCAAGAUAGAAGAAUCUAGCAUCAUUGCUGGAGAUCACGUGAAUAAGAAUAUCAAGUACCAUAUCGGGUACGAUCCUGUUCAGGACAGAUACAAAGUGGUUUGCACAGUUGCAACAACCAGUAACAAAGUUGGAGAGUCCAUAACGUAUUUGUCCGAGCAAUGGGUAUUUCUACUCGGAGGAGAUAUAUCAAGUCGGUGGAGAAAGAUUCCAUGUCAAUCUUCACAUUUUCCUUUAACACAAGAAUUGACUAUCAAAGGCCAUAUGUAUUACCUAGCUUGGAUUCGUGAUCUUGAUCAUUUGCUUGUGAGUCUGGAUACUAGUUCUGAAGAAAUCAGUAUGCUACAAGCACCUGAAGAUAACUUUUGUCCUAUUACAGUGACUCUUAUAGAAUGUUGUGAAAAGGUAGCUAUUUUACACUAUAUUGAUCUUGAAACCGAAGGUAUGAUGAAACUAUGGGUUAUGGAAGAUGCAGAGAAGCAUCGGUGGUUGUGUAAGACUUUGGUGUUUCAAUCUUCUCAAGUUGAUUUAUUCAACAAGAUUAAACUAGGGGUAGUAGGUACAACUAGAAACGGUGAAGUUAUCUUUGCACCUUUGGAUACAGCUUGUUUCUACAUUAUUCUUUAUGAUCUACAAAAGAAUCAUAUGAGAAAAGUUGAGAUCAAAGAAACACCAAACCGCCAUCUUACAAAGUUUUGUGAAGCUGCGGGGUUUGAUGAUGUUGAGAACUUGAUAUAUCUCUAAAACACCCAACGGCUACUACUCUCCAGACUUUUGUAUGUUUUUCUCUACAGUCUUAUGAGAGAUGCUAGGACGAUAUUUGGUUUGGCUAAUAUAAAUAUUGAGGACUUAAUGAUGUCUUUUUGUUGUUAUUUUGUUUGGAAACAUUUUAUUUAAUUUUGUAUGAUGCUUUUCUUAUCUUUUACGGAUAAAUCAAGUGGCAAGAAUUCACAAAGAGUAUCAGACAUGUUGGAUCAUUUCAUAUUUUUCCCAUUAGCCAUCAUACUUGUUUAUAUAUAAAAUAAAAAACCUGAAAACUAAGUCUUUUUUUUGUCUGUCUCUCGUCACUGAACUAUGAACAUAACUAAGGAACCACAUACACAAUUGCAAAAUAUGAGUCUUUUGCAAUUGGGUUUUGUUUCAAGACGUGUUGCCUCUAACUGCUUCAAAUGGCCAGAUUGUGGGGUUUGGUCGUGCAUAUUCUGAAAACUGCUUGACUGCUUUCAAUCCAUGAUCAUCUAAUGGUACUUAAUCAAUAUCACAAGUUUCACAGAUUGUUUAGUUAAAUUUGCUUUCACUAUAAGAGUUGUAAUAGCUUCUGUUUUGGUGCCAAGAUAUGUAUGACAUAGCAGAUUGCCUCAAUUCAUCCUUAAAAGCUAUUUCAUUAGGCUUCUCACAAGCAGAGACAUGAAUGACAUAGCAGUUCUCUGCUUCAAGCAUGAAAAGUAGAGAGAUCCGUUGUGACCAAGGAUUUUUGUGUGAUGGUUUCUUACUUACUGAUAAUAAUCUUGAAUAUGACAUGAUGUGAAAUUAUGAUAACAGAGAAAUGUAAUGGAAUACAUGUUUCAAUAAUUUAGCAAUCAUAAAUUGUUUUUUUCAGAAGCAUGAUCGCUCUAAUUGAAACCAAUGCAACUUCAUUUUUGGAGGUAAAAGUUUAACAACAUACUAGAUCUUGACCCGCGCUUCAAAAGCGCGGGUUUUUUUACAAUAAAAAGUUUUAUAAUGUUAAUGAUUGUUGUAUGUUAUUAUGUUACAAUAUUGAAUUAUAUCAAAGCAUAGAAUUUUUAAAAGUUAUAUGAUUUAUGAAUUAAUUUAUUUAAUAUUUUGCAUGUAUAUUGUUAUGUAACUCUCUCUUAGGUCCAAACAUUUUGUCUGGUUCGAAUAAAAACCGAUCCGAAUAGACAUGUUCGGUUCAGAUCCAAGUCUACGGCAAAGUAUCUAUUGGAUAUAUUUCAGACCCGCAGUGUCGGUUUAGGUUUGGAUUCUACAGAGAUCUGAACCGGUAUCUUGCGUAUCUAAAAUGUUUUGUGUAUAUUAAAUAUAUUUUUCUGUUUCGAAUAUGUCUUUGGUAUCACGGUUAUUCUUUUGUGUUUCAGGUUCGGGUUCUGGUUAAUGUUUUAGAUUUCAAAUAAAAUGUUAGAUUUUUAGAAACAUAUUUUGGGUAUACGCAAAAAUUUGAAUAUAAUUAAAAAAUUUUAAAGUAUUGUCAUGUUUCUAUACAUUAUGUUUUACAUAAAAGUUUUACAUUCUGUGUAUAAAAAAAUUUGGUUCAUAUAAUAUAUCAAUAAAUGUUGUAAAUCAUCCUUUAUGUGGGUCAGAUAAAUGAUCAUCAUAGCUGACAAUAAAAACUAUAUCUAAAUAGUAAAUACUAUUUUUUUGGUAUUUGAAAAUAAAUGCUAUCAUAAUUAUUUUCUGUUAAUAAGCACAAAAUCUGGUCACAGAAUCUUUUAGUUUGACACAAAUAUUAAAUGUAUUAUGUGGAGUUGAUUAAUUAAAGUGAUAUAAAAUAUAACAUUCUAAUGAAAGAGUGCAAUAACCUUUUAUAAGUAGAUUUUUAAAGACUGAUUCCCUUUUAAUAGUAUAGAUUCUAGUAAUUUUUCACUGUGACUCUUCUUUUCUCUUUAGAGGGAAUAUGCAAAAAAAAAACAAUUGAGAGAAGAGAUAUUGAAUGGAAAUUAAAAAAAAACAUAGUUUGUCUUAAAAGUAAAAAUGAAGAAAGAAAUGUACCAAAACAAGAUCAGUUUUUUUUUUUAUUGAAAACGAUUGAGAUAAUCGUUUCUUCACUCAUCAAAACGAGUGUAGCGGCCUUGGGGAUUCUGAGUGGAGUAAGUUUGGAUAAAGUCGAGUUCACACUGCCUGAGGUAGCGGUGGUCCAAUGUUCAUACACUUGGAUUGCUUUCUAUAAACUAAAAUCGAUUUUAUUGAAAAUCGAUUGGAGUUUAGAGGUAAAAUCAAAUUUAAAUAUUUACUUUUUUUUGUGCUGACUCUCCUUUCGCUUGCCACAUCUGCUGACGUACUCAUCAAUAAUUACGUUUACUGUCUAUCUUAGGAAUUUUUAUUUACUAUCUAUCUUAGGAAUGUUGCAUAUAUGCACACCACAAACAUUUAGAAGCAAGAGGAUGUUUACAAUCAAUAAUGUUGCGUGUAUGCACACCACAAAUAUUUAGGAAUAAUCUAGCUGUCUAUUAACACUCAAUAAAAAAAAGAGGAUGUUUACAAUCAAGCUACUAUCAUCUUUAGCUAAGUAAACAUGUGAUUGAUUUCUUCAAACAUCUAUAAAUAAAGAAGACAACGCAGAAAGAGAGAUUGAAAAAGAGUUCUUAUAGCCCUGUGAAACUUUUGAAGACCAAUCUUUUGAGCAUAAGAUAGUCAAUAUGAAAUCCAAGAAUUCCAAUCAAAUGAACAAAAAAUUGUUAAGUAACUAAAAUGGCAGCAUGCGAAGCGAAAAAGUGUAGAGUUAUGCUGAUGAUCAACCACACUGUGACAGAUAGGAUUACCAGUUUCUUGCCAUUUAGGAACAGCUUCUGAUUAUACAAUAUAUGAAUGUCAACUAGCUGCUAGCCAAGAGUUUAUGCAUCGUACCACAACUUUUGCAUUAAAACCUGGAACAACACAAUUCAGGAAUGUUGGGGGUGGAUUUACAUCCUACCUCAAGGCCCAUUAGACAAUAAAUUAGACCCAUUUUACUAUGAAGCCCUAGCUUAUUCUUUGUAUAAAUAGAGAAAUACCUCUCUUUAUCAAAGAUCUCUUCUUCUCCAUUUUAGACUUAGAACACUUCUUACAAAGGGUUUAUGGAUUAUUAGAUUUAUUUACACUUGUAAUCCUACAUGUAAUACAAUCUUAAAUCAAUAAACUCUUUUGAUGUUCA